AUAUAUCACAUUUAGGCCUAUAUAAAUUUUUGCAUUCCCAAAAUUAAAUUUUUUUAGCUAAGAUUAUAUAUAUAUAUACAAGAAUUAAUAUCAAUAUACAAUAUGGCUUCCCAAAGUUACUCCGUGGCCAUUUUUGGUACAGUUAUUUUGGUUAUUUUGUCUCUGGUUCAAGGGCAGCCCUUAGUUCCAGCACUGUUUAUAUUUGGAGAUUCAGUGGUUGAUGUGGGUAACAACAACCAACUAGCCACCAUUAUUAGGGCAAAUUUUCCUCCUUAUGGCAGAGACUUCGUCAGUCACAGGCCAACUGGUCGUUUUUCUAAUGGAAAGCUAGCCACUGAUUUCACAGCUGAGAUGCUUGGUUUCAGUUCGUACCCACCAGCUUAUCUUAGCAGAAGAGCUAUUGGAAGAAAUCUAUUGAUUGGGGCCAACUUUGCUUCUGCUGCUUCUGGCUAUUUUGACCCUACAGCAAAUAUAUAUCAUUCAAUCCCACUAACGAGACAACUAGGGUACUACAGAGACUACCAAGGAAAGGUUGUGUCCAUGGUGGGGUCAAACAAUGCUUCAUCCAUUUUCUCUAAUGGAAUUUACCUAAUCAGUUCUGGAAGCAGUGACUUUCUCCAAAACUACUACAUCAACCCUCUUCUUCACAACACCUAUACCAUCGACCAAUUUUUCAACAUUCUCUUCCAAAAUGUUGCACAAUUUAUCGAGGAAUUGUAUGGAAUGGGAGCAAGAAAGAUUGGAGUGACAACAUUGCCACCAAUGGGGUGCCUACCAGCUGCGAUAACAUUGUUUGGAUCAGGGAGCAAUCAGUGUGUGGAAAGAAUAAACAACGAUGCUAUUUCCUUCAACACAAGACUCAAUUCCACAGCUCAAAACUUGCAAAACAGGUUAUCUGGUCUCAACUUGGUUGUCUUGGAUAUUUACACACCUCUUCGCAACCUUAUUGCGCAGCCUGCUGAAAAUGGGUUUUCUGAAGCAAGGAGAGGGUGCUGUGGAUCAGGGUUACUAGAAACCUCACUACUAUGCAACCGAAGGGCAAUUGGGACAUGUAACAAUGCAUCUGAGUAUGUAUUUUGGGAUGCUUAUCACCCUUCCGAGGCAGCCAAUAAAAUUCUUGCUAAUGCUUUAAUCAGUGCUGGUCUUUCCCUGGUCUAAUAAUAUAUAUCCCAAUGUUAAUGAAGGGCUUUUUUUUUUAAUAUUGAAUUUCAUGACUUGUUAUUUCUUGUGUACGUGUGUUUAAUCAAGUAAAUUAAGAACACUAUUUUUAGUGUCUAUUUGUACUAUUUAUGUAUCAAUUGUGAAGGCCGUACAAUGAAAAUAAUUAUGCCUUGCUACUUGA